UGCUGUGCCCCCUCUAGUUGCUACCAUAAUACCAUUGAUUGCCGGACGUCUUUAGCCACUAGAACCUCUUCGACAAGAAUCAUUGAGCUGAAAAUUCACAUCGACGCACAAUGGCCGACUCCACAAAGUAUUCGGACCGGUCGAUCCCGAAAAUCUCGUUGCACGAUUUCGAGAGCCGCAUCGACGAGAUCACAGCCGAGCUUGUCGCGGCUGCCGAGAGCGACGGCUUCUUUGCCGUGACCAACCAUGGCAUCUCUGUGGACGAGGUCGAGCAACAAUUCGCUGCCGCCGAGCAGUUCUUCAGCCUGCCAGACGACAUCAAGAGUACAGUACCAUUUACCCACAAGAACACUGGCUGGGAGAAGGCUGCGCAGAUUCGGCCGAGCACGGGUAAAGCCGACCAGAAGGAGAGCUACCAGAUGCAGUACGGCAGUAACAUGGAUGGCAAGUGGCUGUCCGAGGAGACGAUACCCGGCUUCAAAAAGCAGAGCCUCGAGUUCAUGCACAAGUGCCAGGGCGUCUCUGCGAAGCUCAUGACGUGCUUUGCAAGGGGUCUCGGCUUUGACGACGAAUACUUCAUCCGCGCUCACAACGUAGAGAGGUCGAAUGUGCAGACGGUCCUGAGGAUGCUGCACUACUUCGCCAUGGACCCUAUGGUGCCUGUGCCCGAGGGAUACUACCGUGCGGGUGCGCAUGCCGAUUGGGACUUCUUGACCUUGUUGUUCCAGCGGCCAGGUCAAAGUGGUCUCGAGAUCUGUCCCGGCCGGGAGGCUUUCACAGAAUUUGGCCUGGGUGACACCUGGACAAAGGUCGAGCCUGUUGCUGGCGAAAUUGUCUGCAAUAUUGGCGACCUCCUCAUGUCAUGGAGCGACGAUAGAUUCAAGUCGACCUUCCACAGAGUCAAGACCCCGGCGGAUCCAGCGACCGACUAUUUUGGUCCUCGGUACAGCAUGGCGUACUUCAACCAGCCCAACACAGACUGUGAGAUUCAGGGCCCGCUCAAGAAAUACCCAAUGGUGACAGGACAGCAAUUCAACGAGGCGGCCAUGAAGCGCAACUACGCAGCCCUCGAGGCCAAGAAGGCAAGCAUGGCCGUGGGGACGGCGCAACCAGUGGCUGUUGCGUGAGAUGCCUGACCAAGGAAGUCUUCUGUAUAGCUGAGACGAGAAAAGAGACGAAAGAUUCAAGGUUGACCUUUACGAUGACCGAAGAUUGACUGCGCAGUGACAAGUGAUUUACGCGACCAUGAGUUGGUCCUGGAAGUGGGUACACCAAGUACGUAU